GCUUUCCACACCAGUCCAGUCCACACCCUCUCACACAUACAGACGUACAGUAGUCCAGUUCAACCUACACCGCUUCCUAAUAAUUCUACUACAUCUUCUCCUAUCCCAUUCCCGCCUGCGCCAUUGAGCACCAUAUCCGCAUUUGCACGCACGCACGCACGCACGCACGCACUCACGCAGGCACUGUUCUCUCCUUCCCCAGCUACAUACCACCAUCUUACCUACCUAAACAAUCGCUUUCGAAACACACGUCCGGCCAGGCAGCAGUAGGAGGUAGCCGAAAGGUUGCGACGCUGGAACGCAAGUUGCAUCCACGGCAACAGCGCGCGCCGGGAACCCAUCAUCUUCCAUCACCUAUUCUCGGCCUUUCCACGACCCUGAGGAGAGCUCCUGCCGUAUUUACCUACCUGCCUUGCCUACCAACUACCACUACCAACUACCACCACCACCACCAUCAUCACCACUCCACCAACUCCACCACUACCGCCACGAUAGCCUUCACUCCCUGAGAUCACUCCUCUUCCCCCUUCCACCGUUGCUUGCACCAAAUGUAAAACAAGCACGACAGGGGCCUCCGUAGCAGCUGACCAGUCUCCGCUCCGCCCCGGGAUCUGUGCUUCGUCAUCGGACCUCGCAACUCGCAAGCUCGACUUGGAAAGCAAAGCAGGCUGCCAAACAGACCAAGCCCGUCCAGCUGUCAAUCUCACACACCCACACACAUCUACAGGCACCACCACCACCACCACCACCACUACCACUACCACUACUACUCCUCCUCCACCAACCACUUGUCUCUCUACUCGACGGUCUGGGCUCACCUCACUGCUAUCUCACCCAACAGGCCCCCCCGCGAACACAUCCCCCCAGAACCAACAGAGAGACCCCUUUGAUGACCAACACCCCCGGAGCAGCGUGACCGUCCUCAGGCAGCAUUGGCUACCCGCCCAGCAACCCUGCUCGACUGCUGCAUCCUCCCCACUACCACCUCCUCUCCGACACAUCAUCAUCAUCUUGGGAACGGAACCCGCCCGACAACCACCACCUCCUCCUCUUCCUCCAUUACACUACCUUUCUUGUCAUAUAUUUUCUCUUAUACUACUACUUGCUUUACUACCGACCGACGACCACACCACCCUCCAUUAGAGCGCUCAGCCGCCUUGCUCCUUGACGGACGCAGACCCCCCUUUCCCAGCCCACCGGAGCUGGCGAGCUACACCACCACCACCACCACAUUUCCUGCAUACAUGAUAACACCCACGAUCCUUAUGUUACUUUGAACCACUACACACAAACACACACACCGGAUACGACUUCCUUUUUUUGCACGGCUAGCGAGCUUUUGAGCGGAUUUCCUAUAUUGUUAUUUUGGCCUGGACCAGGAGUUGAAUACAGAGUGCUGUUGUCGAACGGCUACACGGCUUUGUGUUACGGUGGCUACACGUUUCACCCUUGUUGUUGACGACCUGCACCCUAUCCUUUCGACGAAAUCACCCCAUGGCCUGUAUGCGAGAUGGCUUCCAACAAGAAAGACCUCUCGAUAAUGGGCGGUAUAUAACCGUCAAACCUUUGAAUCAUGGCUCCUUUGGCAUGGUCUUCGCGGCCAAGGACACCGUUACCGGACAAGAUGUUGCGAUCAAAUGCAUCACCAAGUCUGCUGCCACUACAAACUGCCCUGCUGCCAUCAACACGGACGAAUACUCGGAAGAACUGAAUAUCCAUUCGUGUCUGCCAGCGCAUCCCAACAUUGUCAACACCGUCUCCAGCUUCCAAACGGAGAAUCACACGUACAUGGUCCUCGAGCUCUGCAGCAAUGGUGAUCUCUACGAGGCCAUUCGAAUGGGCAAAGGACCUCUUGAAACGGAGCACGUCCGCGAUCUCAUGCUCCAAUUGGUGAGCGCUGUCGAGCACCUGCACAACAAUGGGGUGUAUCACCGCGACAUCAAGCCCGAGAACAUCUUUCUCACCUCGGACGCCGCUAUGAAGCUCGGAGACUUUGGUCUGGCUACCACUGAGACGUGGUCGACGGAAUUCGCUGUGGGAUCCGACCGCUACAUGGCACCUGAGCAGUAUGAUGCGGGCGUCUUUGGUUAUGGCUACUGCCCUGCCCAGGCUGAUGUAUGGGCGAUUGGUAUUGUGCUGCUCAACGUCUUGUUCCAGCGCAAUCCCUUUGCAACCCCAACCAUCAAGGAUCCGCUCUUCGAUGACUUUGUUCGCGAUCGCCAGAGCUUGUUCGACGUCUUCCCAAACAUGUCUCAGGACACCUACAACGUUCUCCGCCAUUCCUUGGCAAUUGAUCCAUCGGACAGGUCUCUCACCGCUGUGAGGGAGGCUCUCGAAGCAGUCGUCAGCUUCACGACCGACGACGAGGCUCUGGACGACUUCUGCAACGAUCAAUCCGAUCUGGCUCCUGUGGCUACUGCUGCCCGCGAACCACUUCGCACUCCUUCCGUCACCAGCCCUGUGCUACCCGGCUCUGACUCGUUCCCAUGGAGCUCUGCGUUGUUGAGGACACCUCAGAAGCCAACUCGGCAACUUUCCACCAUUCACGACGAGGACAUGGAUCUCUUUCCUGCCUCUGCCAACAACUCUGAAUGGCAAUACGUCGAUGCUGAUGAGGCUUCUCUGACGUCGAACGUCGACUCCGGACUGGGAUUGUCUUACAAGUCAACCAAGUCCAUGAAGUCGAUGCACUCGACCACUUCUUCUGUCAAGAAGCCGAGAUCAAACUUCGUCGGGUCUCUGCCUAUCAGCUUCUCACGUCCAAAGGUCUCUUCUUACGGCUCCAAGAGUGGCUUCUCUAAGAGUUGGAGCGACUUGUGGGACGAAGAGGAGGAGGAGGAAGAGGAGGAAGAAGAGGAAGAAGAGGAAGCAGAAGCUGCCGAUGAAGUCCUUCUCGACACCAACGCAUCAGUUGAAGAGACUCUUGUGGUCGCUCACCCAGACAUGGAGCAUGUGACCACUGCGAAGCCGAGCACGCCUCAAAUCUCGUACCCUAUGGAGGAGGGUCGCGAAAGUGUCACGCCUCGUCAAGCCUUUGCCAACCUUGAUGUCAACUCCCGCUCUGGUACUCCGUUGACCGUGAUUGAUACGACUGCUGAUAAGCCGCCGGUCAAGGUGCUUCCCAAGGUCAAGUCGUCUUCCAUUUUGGACAGGUGGGCUGCUCUGGGCAACUUUCGCCGCGCUCGGCAGGACACAGCUCCUGUUGCCGCGGCUUCUACUGCCGCCGCCACGCCUCCAAAGAUGAAGUACUCGGACGCCUUUGCCAGCUUUACUUCCUUUGGCAGCAGCAAGAAGAACAAGGUUCAAGCUCAAUCUCAGCUGGAGCCGGAGCCCAAGCGACAGCGUGAACGCGCGCCAUCUUGGCGCCAGGGCAGUCCACAGCGUCUUCGUUCGUCAUCCAUCAAUGGCAGCAAGAUUUGGCAGGAAGACAACAACUGGCGUGAGCACAAACACACUCCGCAACCGACCAGGGUGCAACCAAUGGCUGUACAACAAUCUGGAGAUGCACAGCGACGUCUGCCAGAACACAAUUUCCUUGACCACGACUUUAACGACGAAAUCGAUAUCGAAUGGGUUGGUCAGUUCAGGAUGGAUAUGUAACCAUCGGAACCCCACUUGUAGUCUGACUCUGAGCUUCCCCUUUUAACGCUACUUGUCCAUUGUUUUUCAUUCACACAGCAUACUGCAGUUGGGUCGGGAUACGGAGUUAUUGGAAAGCGUGCACAACGUGGCACAGGUGAUUGGCGUUACAUGUGAAACUGCAGAUGAUACCAAAAAAUUUCCCUUGGACAAGUAGCGGAGGGUAGGAUAGCGGGCUGAGCAGACUCGUAUCUGUAGGACUAGUACACUCCACUCCAAAGAGGGAGUGAUAUAUGAACUCCAGGUUGGAACCCAAGACGAC